AUGAUAGACCCGGCCGCAACCAGCGGUCACAAUAGACCCGGCGGCCACAUGGCGGUUACCUAUCCCAUUGAAACCCCUAACAAACUAAAAUAUAGCUCUUUUGCUAAGCUGUCGGCCCCUGAUGCUGGAGGCGUGAGUUCGAGUCCCGAGCAAGCAUACUUUUUUUUUGUUGUUCCUUUUGCUGCAUUGGACCUCUUGGUAGAAAGAGUUGCUUUAUUCUAUCCUAUACCUUUGGGAUUGAUGUCUAGGAGCUUUGUGACAGCCGUGUAUAAUAACAUUUUCUUUGUUCUGUAGUGAACUGUAGUGAUUACCAUGUUCAUACUACCUACUCCACAACUGCCAGAUAAUGCUCCUACACUUCAUAACGUAAUCAUCAAUGGACAAACUCAGUACUACAUCUGGCAUUUCAUUCAUCACAAGCAACCACAGCUUUAUUGGUUCACGCAUGCCACCCACCAUGAAUUUGUUGCUUCUUUAUCUUGGUGGUCUUAGCUGCUCAGCAUCCCAGAGCUGAUGACCUGCUAUGGACACCUCAACCACCCUUGUCUGCUGGGCGGUGAACUGGCUCAUGACAUGGACCACCGGAGGCCGAGCAGCAACUACACUCCAAGCAACUCUUUCUACCACUGGGGCCGAAUCUUUGGCACUGCCUUCACUCAGAAGAAAAAGACCUUUGAGGACAAUUCUGUGAACAAAUACAUGUUAUGAUAUUGUUUCCUUUUGUGAGGCUAUUCGAGAUGAAGAGUGUAUCUUGUAUGGGCUCUGAUUCAAAAUUAUUCACUUUUCAACAAGUCUUGCACUAGUUUCUAUUGUUUUUUAAUAACUAAAAGUCUUGAUUUAAUUUAGGUUGACAGAUUAUCUUUACCAGCUGUUGAGCGUGCUGUGUUUAGAACUACAUGGAUAUAGCAAAAUCAUUACCGUUUUAAUUAUAUAUUUGUAUAUCAUUUAUUAUAUCAACAUGAGGUAUUAUGUCUUU